CGCGAUCAUUGAGACUUUCUCAGGCAAGCAGGCAGUCAGUCAGGGAAUGACCUAAGACAUGGCCGAGUCGUCAUGUCUGGUGCUCGCGGUGCUGGUGUUGCUGGCCGUCGUCGCCGCAGCCGCCCCCGACCUCGCCCAACAGCUUGAUCUCUUCAACCCGGCGCGAGCCGCCUCCGAUGCCGCCUCCGCCAACGUCAGCCUACCCUGCGCCCAGGCCAUGCAGGCCUUCGCCGCCGGCCUCGCCAGACACGAGGAAUGGGCCUCAAAGAUGUACGAUGCGAGCGGUCGGUACUCAGCCGGCUUCUUGUGGGGCAACAAUUACUGGCUAGGCUCGAGCGACCUGUGCCUUACCCUGGAAGAUGCCGUCUUCUCUGUGGCCCGGCUGACGCUGGACGUUCCGCUGAUCACAUCGAAGACGCGGACGGUGCACGUGGGCAUGUGCUUGCCGCGGUCGUGCGGGUUGUCCGACCUGCGGCUGCUGGUCGACGCCGGACUAGGACAGCGCAACGCCAGCCUGGAGACUGUGCGGUCACCGCAGCUGGACGACUACCUUUACUACACGGACGUCACGUUCAUCGUCCUGGCGCUGGUUUGCGGCACCGUCCUGGCAUUGAUGGUGGCCGGCUCGGUGCUGGACGCGCGCAAGACGACCAAGGAAGCGGAGCCCGCGGCCUCCGACGCCGCUCCCGAGUGCGAGGAGGGCGGCAAGACGCCCAUCGCGCUGGACGUGGUGCCGGCGGCUUCGAAGCAGCGGCGCCGCCCGCCACUCGGCGCUGUCCUCCUCUGCUUCAGCGUGCAGCGCAACGCGCGCGCGAUCUUCGACCAGAGCGUCGGCGGCGACACGCUGGCGCCGAUCCACGGCCUUCGCUUCCUCAGCAUGAUCUGGGUCAUCCUCGGCCACUCGUGCAUCGUCAUCUUCAAGUAUGCAGACAACACCGACUUCCGCGGCGUCGUCGAGCGCGAAUUCCUCUUUCAGACUAUCAGCAACGCCGCCUUCUCCGUCGACACGUUCUUCUUCAUCAGCGGCCUCCUAUUCUCAUUCCUCUACUUCCGAACCACCGCCAAGGUUGACCUCAACAAAAUCACCAGAGCCACCGGCAUCAAGUCAAAGGCACUUCAAUUCGUCGGAUUGCUCGCCUACAGAUUCAGCAGGCUCACUGCCCCGUACAUGUUCGUGCUCGGCGUCGUUCAAGUGUCGAUGAAGUGGUUCUAUCACAAGUCGGUGUUCGAGCCUCCCACGCUGGACCACGUCAACUGCCCUCAGUACUGGUGGCGAAACUUGCUUUACAUCAACACCCUUUUCCCGGUGAAGGACAUGUGCAUGCUCUGGAGUUGGUACCUGGCGGACGACACGCAAUUCUACGUGCUGGGCGCUCUGCUCAUGAUGGUGGCCGUUGACCGGUUCCGUACGGCAGCCCUGGCCUUCGGCGGCCUCAUGAUUAGCUCGUGGUGCACGACCGCUUACAUCGCAUUCACCAACGACCACCAGCCCAGUCAGGAUGACCCUCUCGCGCUCUUUGACAAAAUCUACGACAAGCCGUGGACCCGUCUUGGUCCCUACCUCGUCGGCAUGGCCACUGGCUGGCUACUCUUCUCGAUCAACUGCAGACUACGCCUAGGAAAGGGAGGCGCAGCUCUUGGGUGGAGCGUGUGCGCGGCAGUGAUGCUGAGCCUUCUGUACGGACUGUACGACGCGCGGUUGGACGCUUUCACGUCGGCUGCUUACUCGUCGCUGAGCCACACAGCGUGGGCGCUAGGCACCGCCUGGGUGAUCGUGGCCUGCAGCACCGGCCAUGGCGGCUUUGUUGGUCGCCUGCUCUCCGCACCCAGCCUCUACCCCAUGAGCAGGGUUACUUACUGCGCUUACCUCAUUCACCCCCUCAUCAUUCGCAUGAUGGUCAUGUAUGUCGAUAGUCCGCUCCACUUGGCUAGGACCACAGUCAUGUUGCUGUUCCUGGGGCACGUCGUUCUUUCCUACCUCAUCGCGUUUGCCAUCUCUGUGUCGUUCGAAGCGCCUGUCGUUGCACUCUUGCGCCUCAUCAGUCCAAAGAAAGAGUGAUGAUCUGUGAUCGUUCCUUUUUAACUCAUUCUUGUACAUUUUGUAUUGUUAUUUAUUGUUAGACAAACUAUCUUGUAUCAUAAACUGUAUGUAUAAUAAAAAAGAAGAUUUUAUAGCACAA